AUGGAAGGAGUUGAGACUGUGGAUGUCAGCUGGCUUCACCACACGCAGAAAGAUAAUUUGUCCCGACGCAAAUCGGCCUCGUCUACUAUUAGCGACAAAUCGAAUCCCGAUACCGAAACCACAGUCGCAUCGAAUACUAGCCCCGAGAGGACACCAUCCGUCGAUCGAAGAUCUCCCCAAUUGCUUCAAGAACCACUGGCCCCCGCCAUUGAGACCAAUUGUGUCUCUCGAGCGGAGAAUGAAACGAAGAAUGAUGACACGUCAGCGGACGCAAAACCCAGUGUGACAACUCCAGCAGUCCAGAAGAGUGCACCGAGGCCGGUUGCUGGGAGGAGAAAUUCAUGGAUUUCAAGUAUAAGCUCCAAAUUUUCUUCUGGGUCGACACCUCCGUCACAACCUAGUCUAAAGGUACAGCCGGGUACGAAAGCGAGCUCACCGACCUCAAAGCUCGAUAUGCACAACCCGUUUGGAGCGGCCUAUUCUCCCAAGGACAAGGAAGAUGACAAGAAGGAUGAGCCCAUUCCCAUUAUUUCAGCGUCACCCAAGGGCCCUUCUUUCCUUCAGAGCGCUUUUCGAAAACUAUCGUCUGGCUCCAGCGGGUCGGGCAGGUUAGCACAGAAUGGCGCUAUUUGUGAGCGUCGCGUAAUGAACGUUGACCACGACCGGGACAGAUGCAAGAUUGCAGAUUUGGAUCAGGCAAAAUUACGGCGCGUUGCUUUUUCUGUCGACGUUGAAAUUGCUGGCAUCUCUCGCCGGGAAUCUGAUGAGGAAAGCCCUUCUGCUAAUAGUAGCAAGCGACGACUAAUCCCUGAUAUGAAUGGUCAAAAGGUCAAAAGGUCAAGCUCCAAAUCCAAAGAUCGCGACGAAGCUUCUUCAAAACACUCACAAGCUGCCACGGCUGAGAAAGAGGGAAAUGUUCAGGGUAGAGAAGAACCGUCAAAGCCCGCCACGGCAUCAGACACCUCUUCAAAUGAGGCCAAACCUAACGGUGAAAGCAAGGAGCCCACAAGGAAACAGGAGAAGAAAAAGCGGUCAGAGGAGGAAAGGAGGGAGCGAAGGGAGCGCAAGCGGAGACAAGCGGAGGCAAAUGGUUCCAUACCAAUGCAAUUAACAGCUGACGACAACGAGGACGAGGUUCGACCGGCGGCCCCUGGAGCCACUCGCUCUAAAACACAAAGCCAUCCGACAACAGAUCCCGUCCGGAUUUACCGGCGUUGCUGUCAGUUGCGAGAAACCCCUGUGCUCAAAAGGAUCGUUGACGAGAUUUCUUCGCCUUCGUCUAUAUUAGCAGAAUCUCCGGGCACUGUUGGUGUCCUCGAUCUGACUAACUUCCCCAUGAACUCUCAGGAUAUUGCUACCUUCAGUGAUUGGUUAGCUGUGGUCCCAGUCCGCAAACUUAUUCUUGAAAAAUGUGCUUUGACGGAUGAUUCGGUGCGAACUAUUCUUGCCGCUCUACUUUCAACUAAGACGGCGGAACAAAUGAAAUACAGGCGUCGCAGAGCUCGGAAACUCGAACCUCAGUCUUUGGGAAAGCAGGAAAGAUUCAGCGCUGUAGAGAAGUUGUCUUUAAAGGACAACCCAAAAAUCGGAAAAGAGGGAUGGCGUCACAUCUGCCUUUUUAUUCAUCUUUCGAAAUCUUUGAAGGCCAUUGACCUGUCCGGUAUCCCAUUUCCAUCAUUCCCCAAUGACUCGAAUUCUACCGAUAACAUUGUCGACAUUGCAACUAUCUUUGCAAAUUCCUUAGGAGAGCGCUUUGGUGGCGACCAUCUGGAGGAACUAUUGUUAAGCGAAAGCAAGCCCUCGACGGAGGAUGUAAAGAAGAUCUGUGAUGCAGCUACCACUGUUGGUUUGAGACGGCUUGGGUUUGCUAACAACGAGCUGACAAGGGAAGGUCUGGGACAUGUUGUUCGGUACUUGGAGUCCGGAAAAUGCGAGGGUUUAGAUUUGGGUGGGAAUCCUAUCUGUGAUCAUUUGGAUUUGAUUACUUCCGCAGUUGGGAAAGACCAUCCACUCUACGCAUUGAGCCUGGCGGAUUGCGAUCUUACACCCUCCGCCAUGUAUCCUUUACUUCAAGGAUUGACACGCUUUUCCGACCUUCGCUUCAUUGACUUUUCGCAUAACCCCAAACUAUUUUCAUGCCAGCCAGAUGCACUGGCAACAUUCAGGCGUUUCCUGCCAAAGAUGCCUUUAUUAAAGCGUAUUCAUCUGGCCGAUGUCAAUCUUUCGGCGGACCAUGCCAUUGCUCUUGCGGAAGUGCUUCCUGAUUGUCCAAGUCUAUGCCACCUGAACAUAUUGGAGAACCCUUUGAUUAAGGUGCUCGCCUCCGCAACAGACCCCACUGUCCAGGAGGAGGCGUGUGCCGUAUAUGCGUCCUUGAUGGCGGCGGUGCAGGUGUCUCGGGCAAUCAUAGCUGUGGAUAUUGAAGUACCCAGCGCAGAAAACAACGAAGUGGUCAAGGCUCUCGCAUCCCAAAUCGUAGCUUAUUGCUUUAAAAACCUGGAACGAGGCGCGAUUGAGGCAGAGCUUUCGGACCCGGCAGAUAUGACAGCUACACGGGCAGCUGUUCCAGUCCCCGAAAUUCUACAGCAUAUUGUUGGACACAAUGGCAGGGAUGACCUAUACGAAGAGGAUGAUGAACCCACCGCUGAUGAAGACUACGUUAUCGGAGGUACCGGCGUCGUCAAAGCUCUCGGUGUUUGUCUUGGUAACCUCGACUAUCACUUGCCAGGAGACCAAUCUGGCCCCCCUAGUGGCACGACAACCCCUAGCCACAGGAAAUCUAGGUCCUACGUUGCCAAGCGGCCUCGUGAUAUGUCAAAGAAUCUGUUAGAAUCGGCCCGCAACAUUCGGGUCCGAAUUCAGUCAGCCCUUGUUCGCGAAGACAAAGCCGGCAAUGACGUCAAUUAUAGACGUCUUCAAUUCCUUGAUUUGACACUAGAUAGGAUGAUCCGACGAUUUGAAGAUGAAUACCCAGAGACGCGCAUUGUGUCACAGCCCGUUGUAUCUGUCCAUGCAGAAACAGGCUCACAGAACUCCGGUGACGAUGGAAACGGACCGCCAGUCUUUGGCAUCCAAUCCAUGGCCAAUCCUGCUGAUGAGGUCGCUAUUGAUGACGAAGAAACCGAUAAAUAUGCCGUCCGAUUAUCUCGAUCCAGCUCGAUCACCUCACUUCAUUCACGGGCGUUAACCUCCGAGGAAGGCCAUAUUCACCGUCUUGGACAGAAUAUCCGCCGAGAUUUCCUCAGCCCAACAUUUGGCCCGACAGAUCAUGAUUCACCUUCGUCGUUUGACGAUGCCCAUCUGGCCGCCCUUCGUGAGAAACUCGAUCGUCUACAUGAGGACCAGACCCGGUCGGAUUUCGAAAGCGUUGGAGCGGACAAAGCAUUCGAGGAGCUAGGGUCGACCGUGGAAGAACUGUGGGCCAUUCAAAAGCAAGAUACCGAAGCCUUCGAAAAGUUUAAGCAAAGCCAGAUUGCUGCUCAAAUCAACAGCGGGAAGAGAUCUACGCCUCCAAUGCCCAAUCCCGCCAAUCAAACUCGGAAGGCUGAAUCAGGGGGAUCACCCCCUUCAUGA